AUGUCCGACGAACUAGGUGUAAAGGAACUCGCUGAUCUCCUUGCAGACCAUGAACCAAUGGACCUUGUGGUUCCCUCCGACCCCUCAGAAGUAGAAGGUAGUUAUGACGAAGUUUACAAGAAAGAACAGCAGGAAAGAGAAGAGAGCAGGAAACAUAAAAGGAGGAAGCGUUCGCGUCAUGGGGCCAAAUCACGUAUUAAGCAUUCGGGAGGGAGAAAGAGCGAUGGCGUGAACCCAAGGGUGCGAUCCAAGUUUGUUAUUGAUGCUGCAGAGAGCGGGGAAACGGAAUCUGACGAUGGUUUUGUUGUUGGAAGUGAUGAGGACAGCGAAAGUGACGUCUAUGGUGGUCCGAUGGCGAUGCGCGAAGGAGGGAAACGACACAUCUUUCUUGAGGGAGAAGAGGACAUGACAGCCGAAGAGGUAGCGCGUGCUAUUGAAGAACGGUACCGCUCUGGUAGGAAAAAAGCGAACCGAACAGAAGCGCUUUUGUCUUCUGGUAUUCCUAAAGGGAAGCUGUCGUCACUACGUUAUGCUUCGCAUUUGCUGCCGCAGGAUACGGAUCCCAAAGUUUUCGCUGUUAAGUGUCGCCCUCGCAUGGCUCGUGUGCUUGUCGCCCGAUUAGUAAACAAAUGCUACGCUUUUCGUAUAGGUCGCAAUUAUGAGAAGCGAAAAGUUGACCUGGGUAUUAUUUCGGUGUUUUGCUUCGAUCACGUGAAAGAAUAUAUAUAUAUUGAAUCACACCGCAAAGCGUUUGUAGAGAAUGCAAUCAACGGGUUAGUUGGCCUGUUUCGAAGCAAUAUUUCUCUAGUAAAUCCUUCAGAGCUGAUGCAGAUGAUGGAACAUCGGCCCUCAGAGGAUAAGAUUCGUGUAGGCUCCUUUGUUCGGCUGCGGCGGCGUCAAUACCGCCUGGAUAUCGCGCAGGUAAUUGCCGUUGACUCAGCCUCUCGACGCGUGACGGUUAAAGUGGUUCCUCGGGAGGACUUCGUUGGAAAAACUUGCAACAAACCUGAGGUGCGAAUGCCCCAACGCUUAUUUGUCCCAAAUCUUGCCGUAGGAGCUCAUAACCGGGGUGAAAUGUACGCGUGGGGUGACCUCAUUUUUGAUGGCGAAGGAUACCUUCACCUCAGCGUGUCCCUCAGCCAGGUUAUAAGUGGGGUUAAGAUGGAGAAGCCCACAGUAGAGGAGUUAGCUGCCUUCUUUAGCAGCGACCUUAACAGGGUGCGUGAGGCUGCUUCCCAUUUCGCCUCCAACGGUCGUGGCUCAGCGGGGCUGCGCAUUGGUGACAUGGUGCGGGUGGUAUCUGGACAGCUGCGCGAAACUGUGGGGACAAUAGAAAAUAUUUUUCUGGACACAAAUACGGUUGCCUUGUCAUGUCGGGUUCCCAUGAGGGGCGAGACAAUAAAGCUUCGGGUCGAGCUUCCACUGUGUGUGAAGCACUUCACCGAGGGGACCCAUGUCGUUAUCGAUGGGGGUGUGCAUGCUGGUGAAAGUGGCACGGUGGUGAAGGCGCUGGGUGAUGUUGUACAUGUGUUCUCCGAUAGGGCUACUGCUACACGCGAGUUGGUGGUUCGUGCAGAUGACUGUCAUCGGAGCAAUCUCGUUGGCUCCUUCGGCCAUACUUCGGGGUCAUGGAAACUAUUUGAUCUAGUGAUGCUGCCGGAUUCCUCAUCCGUCGCUUGUGUUGUGCGCCUAAACCGCAACGACGUAUGCGUCUUGACAGAUCGGAUGGAGACGCGCUACUUGUCAACCACACAGAUCAAGCCAGUCCUCACUGGGCGGCGCCAAACCACGGACCAGCUGGCUAACAUGAUUACCCGUGGAUCUGAGGUGAUUAUACAGAAUGACGACAGCUCUCCGUAUCAUCUCGACGGCCAGACUGGUCGUGUGGAACAGGUAUUUAACACUACCCUUUUUGUGCGCGUAAAAACUGUGAAGGAAAACUCAGGGUUGGUAGCUGUCGAUGCUAGUUGUGUCCUGCUUAUUGGCGGUCGAACCACGACAAAACAGAUACAACCAGCGAAGCAGCUUCCAACGGUAAAUCGCAACCCACAUAAUGCUUCUCGAGCAGACCUGUCGGUUCCCAAUCCUCGCAUGACAUCGGAAGACUGGGCGGGCAACUCCGAGUGGUACGAGAUGGACAUAGAGUAA